UAAUGAAAUAAGUCACCUUCUUAUUCAUCCUAAUUACUUUAACCAUCUAAACAUAAUUGUAAACUAAAGUAGAUUCAGUUAUGGCAUAAAUGGAUAAAAUGGCAUUAAAAAAUGAUUUUUCAAAGCAAUUAGCAGGUCUUAUUGAGCUCAAAAUGUUAUAAAGUUCUUAUGUUGAAGAAGUGCUCAAAGAAAUAAAAGUUAUAAGAGACUAAUUAAUUGCUGAUUAAAGCGUUGAAGAUUAAGAAUAUGCAAAAGUAAAACCAUAUUGUAAUUAUAAAUAAGAAAAUUGGAUAAUUGAAUGUAGAAAUUGAAAUCCUAGAAAUACAAACUGAAAAGCUUGCAACAGAAUUACAAAGACUAAACUAAUAAAUAGGAGAAUUAAAUGAAGAUAUUAGCAAACUUAUUGGUACUUAAUAAUCUUAAGAGAAAUAAUUAAGCACAUUAAACUCUAAGGAAGAGGAUAUUAGAAAUUAAUACAAAAGUGAAAUAGAAAGUCUUAAAGUAAUCUAUUUGUCUAUAAUUAGCAAAGAACUACAAAUAAUAUCAAAUCAAUUGAUGGAUUAAAUGAAAUGAUUGCAAAAUUACAAUAAGCAGUAUUUGCAGAGUAAAAUAAAACAACUAUACUUUCAUAAUAACACACAAAACAAUAUGUUGAUGACCUCAGAAACUCUUUAGGCCCAAAUCAUCCAUUAACUGCUUUAGUGGCUGUAACUACUAAGUAAUAUUAAUAUUAUAUUUAGAUUCGAUGUACCUACUGUGACUAGAAUUAUUUAACUUCUUGAAAAUAUUAGAGAUUAGAGAAUCUAGGAAAAUUCUGGAGCUGAUGAAUACGAAGCAAAAGUUACUUAAGCUUAUUAAGUCACUCUAAAAGAAGUCACAGAAGUCAGAGAAAGAUUAAGUGCUGAUUAUUCAAGAACUUUAGUAACUCUUAAAAGAAGAAAUGAAGAAAAUGUAUUAUUAUUAUUUUUUAAUUUUUAGGCUCUCUCAACAAAAUCUAGAAAUUAAAUAUAAAAAGACUUACCUAUUGCUUAAGAUUUACUUUAAUAAUACAGAAACGAAAGAGAAAUUGUUUAAUCCAAUUAUAAUCUUAGAUCUGCAAAAAGAGAAAAUGAAGUUAAAAUCAUAACUCAAGCCUAUACUAUAGUAGCUUAAUAAGUUAGAGUAUGA